CAUUGCCUGGAAGCUAAAGAACGUUUUUCUUGGUCACAGCAAAAGUGAAUCUGAACUCUCUUUACUACUCUGUAUAGUGGCAUAGUUUUGAUAUCUGGACUACAGUAACAGGCUACCAGGAUCCUGGAUAUACACAAAGCUCCUGUAAAACAUAUUUUCAUGGAAGAGCAAUGGAGAUUGGAUGGAUUCGCUAUCUGAGACAAAGGCAAGUCCUAGUUUUCUUUGUUUUGCUCAGCAUAUCUGGGGUGGGUGCCGAGUUAGGUCCGUAUUCAGUAGUGGAAGAAAUGGAGAGAGGCUCCUUUGUGGCAAAUCUAGGAAAAGACCUGGGGUUGGGAUUGACAGAGAUGUUCAACCGUGGGGCUCGGAUCAUUUCUCAGGGGAACAAAGAGCAUUUGCAGCUCAAGGUUCAGACAGGGGAUUUGCUCAUAAAUGAGAAACUAGAUCGAGAGGAGCUAUGCGGUCCAACUGACCCUUGCUUGUUAUAUUUCCAACUGUUAAUGGAAAAACCCUUAGAGAUAUUUCAGGCAGAACUGAGAGUGAAAGACAUAAAUGACAAUUCUCCGGUGUUCACUGAAAGAGAAAUGACUCUAAAAAUACCGGAAAACAGUCCUCUAGGAAUUGCAUUCCCUCUGAGUAAUGCUCUGGACUUGGAUGUAGGAAGCAACAAUGUUCAAAACUACAAAAUCAGCCCCAACUCUCAUUUCGGGGUUCUAACCCGCAAACGCAGUGACGGCCGAAUAUACCCUGAACUGGUGUUGGAAGAAGAGCUGGACAGGGAGGAGGAGCCUGAAAUCGUCUUAACCCUAACGGCGCUGGAUGGCGGUUCUCCACCUCGGUAUGGGACUGCUCGCCUGCGCAUUGAAGUGCUGGACAGCAACGAUAACGCCCCUGUGUUUGAGCAGCCCAUCUACAAGGUGCAAAUUCCAGAGAACAAUCCUGUAGGUUCCUUGGUUGUCACUGUCUCUGCCACUGAUUUAGACAGCGGAGUACAUGGAAAAAUAUCCUACACUCUCUUUCAGCCUUCAGAAGAUAUUAGCAAAACUCUGGAGGUAAAUCCUUUAACAGGAGAAAUUCGACUGAGAAGACAAGUAGAUUUUGAAACAGUUAUGUCUUAUGAAGUGGACAUCAAGGCCACUGAUGGGGGAGGGCUUUCCGGAAAAUGUACUCUUCUCCUACAGGUGGUGGAUGUAAAUGAUAAUCCCCCAGAAGUGACCAUGUCUGCACUCACCAGCCCUAUACCAGAGAACUCACCUGAGACUGUAGUUGCUGUUUUCAGUGUUUCAGAUCCUGACUCUGGGGAUAAUGGGAAGACUAUUUCCUCCAUCCAGGAUGACCUUCCUUUUCUUUUAAAACCUUCGGUCAAAAACUUUUACACCUUGGUAACGAAGAGAGCACUAGACAGAGAAGAAAGAGCCCAGUACAACAUUACCAUCACGGUCACUGACUUGGGGACCCCCAGGCUGAAAACGCAACACAACAUAACCGUGACGGUCUCCGACGUCAACGACAACGCCCCCGCCUUCAGCCAAACCACCUACACCCUGCGGGUCCGCGAGAACAACAGCCCCGCGCUGCACAUCGGCAGCGUCAGCGCCACAGACAGCGACGCGGGCGCCAACGCCCAGGUCACCUAC